UGAAUUAAAAUUAUAUCGUCAAAACCAACGAGUGAAUCCCAAGCAUGCCUGAUUAAGGUGUCCAUGGUUUGGUGGUCUGUCGUCUAAUGCACUCCAAAGAUGAUGGUGAGUGAUAUGUGGACAGCUCUCCCUUUUCAUCGUCAGUUCAGGUUCAACCAAUGCACGGACAAGAUUCACGAUUGAGACGAGGAACUGGUCUGUCAACGUUUAACAAAGUCAUCAACUGCCCAAAGAGGCCAUCAGUAAAGACGAAAGAGAGCUCAUCCAAACCAGUUGUUCAUGAUGUUGCUCUUCUUAAUUGUGAAUUUUGUGGCUAGUGCUUGUUUCAUCCUGGUGAGCGGACAAAAUGAAAACUUUGCACAGGAAACAAACUCCAAACUCAUGACCACAAUUUUGAACAGCCACCCGGAAGGCAAUGUGGCCUUUGCUCCCUUCGGCAUCUUGGUGGGUGUGGCCUCUGUUUACGAAGGAACGGCGGGGAAGACUAGAGAACAACUUCAAACUGGUCUGGGAUUUCCCCCCAACGACCAGGUUUUCAAAGCCGGAAUGCAGCUCAUCCGGCCGAAAAAUACCAAGUAUGCGGCGUACGCCAACAUGAUAACAGUGGCAAAAUCUGCCAAAGUCAAAUCAUCCUAUGGCACUCGAAUCAAAAAUGUCUUGGGAUCCUCGCCGUUCCAAUUUGAGCUUGGUCAGAAGCCUGAGAAUGCGAGAAAAUCUAUCAAUCAGUGGGUGUCCAAGAACUCUGAUGGACAAAUCAAGGACCUGAUGCCGUCAGGCAGUGUGACCCCGAACACUAAAUUCGUCCUGGCCAACGUGGUCCACUACAAGAGUGAAUGGGCCAAAUUUUUCGACGGAACCGAAUCCCUUCCAUUCAAAGUGGAUGAAAGCACCGAGAUUCAAACCCAGACGAUGUUUGGCACCCCCAACGUUGGAUACGCCAAAGCUGACAAUGCCGAGAUCAUUGAAUUGCCUUUAGUCGACAAAGAUCACACCUUUGUUCUCGUGUUGCCAGCUCAAGGUCAAGAGUUGGAAGCAACCCUUCAAACUCUGGAGAAGAGCGACUCCAAGAUUCUUGAGUACAUCCUCAAACCAGAGGCCUUGGAACAGACCGAUGUCUCAUUAACUAUGCCAAAGUUCAAAGUUGAGACCCGUUUCAAGCUCAAGGAGACGCUCAACGUGGACCCACCCCAAUUUCCGGGCUUGGGGCCCAUCUUUGAUGCCACGGCAAACUUUUCCCGGAUGGCUGAGAAUAGUAAUGGCAUGUAUGUGGACGAAAUUCACCACAAGGCCAUUGUUUCCGUUGAUGAGAAGGGCGUCGAAGCUGUGGGCGCCACUGGACUUUCCAUCACUUUGUAUUCAGCCUUUGAGCCGGAUCUCAAGAUUGACGUCAACCGACCUUUUGCUUUCUUCAUCGUGAACAAACCCAAUGGAAUCAUCUUGUUUGCGGGCAAAAUUAAGAACCCUGAGAAAUGAUCCUGAAAUAUAACUUAUGUAAAAUCCCA